AUGCGUUCGAUUUUAAUCAUCGCUGUAAUCUGCGCUGUGUCAUCCGCUCAUCAUCUGGAUUCAAAGAAAUUCGGAAAGGGAUUCGAGGAUCUCCUGGAUCAGAACAAGUUCGAGGACAUACUGAAAGGAGGCAAGAUCGACGAUCUCCUUGGAAACUUGAAGAAUGUCGGCGAUAGAACCAAGAACUCGCUCAAGUUUGCCUCCAACCUCCACAAGCAGCUGAAUAGCACGGAAAAGAAACCCUUGAACGAGUUCUUCCAAUUCAUCAUCAAGUAAGUCCCCCAUACCACCUUUUAAAUCGUCUCAUCUAGGCAUAAGAAGGAAUAUGACAAUGAAACCGCAACCUCGGAGCGCUUCCAAAACUUCCGUGAAUCCAAAAGACGUGCUGAACAGCACCAAAAGCUAGAUCCCAGCGCCACUUAUGGGACCAACAAGUUCUCCGACCUGACCAAGGAAGAGUUCAUUGCCCAAAAGACUGGAAUCAACGGCAUUGAGCACGUACUACGUCUCCAUUCCACGGCCAAGCCUGCUAACCACUCCCGCGUUAAGCGUGACACCCCUCCUUCAGCUUUUGACUGGAGAGAUUGGGGUAUCAUUUCAUCCAUCAAGGACCAAGGAAGCUGUGGAUGUUGCUACGCUUUUGCUGCGGUCGGCGCCGUCGAAGCUAAUCACAAGCUUUACACGGGAGAUGAUGAGCUGGAUCUGAGUGAACAGCAAAUGGUUUCCUGUACUUACCAGAACCCCAACUACGGUAACAAUAACGGAUGUAAUGGCGGGUGGUCAGAUAAGGUCAUGGACUACAUUAGAGAUAAGGGAAUUACUUCCGAAGCCAGCUACCCCUACACCUCUGGAUCCAGUGGGAAAAUUCCUAGCUGCAAAUCCAAGAGCCCCGUUAUCUAUAUCUCUGACGAAGAAACCGUUCCAGCUGGGGAUGAAGACGCCAUGGCCGACUACAUCUACAACGUUGGUCCGAUUGUUACUUGUAAGUUUAAUCUCACUCGUAUCAGCCCUUUUUCUAGACCUUGAUGCUCACCAGAUCAUGGACUAUACCGGUGGAAUCAUUGACGCUCCAAAGCCUUCUGGCGGUUGGGUCAUCACCCAUGCCGUCGUGACGGUUGGCUACGGUAACGAGGGUGGAAAAGACUUCUGGGUGAUGAAGAACCAAUGGGGAGAGGACUACGGAGAAGCUGGAUACUUCAGAGUUCGUCGCGGCGUCAACAGCCUGCGCAUCGCUGACUUCAACUACGUUCCAAUUAUUUAAAAAUUUCAAAAGCAUACAUUGCGUUGACGUCCAACUUGUUAAAAAUAAAAAGCGCUGAACAAAAAUUGACUCGUAUUGUGUGUAAAUAAGGCGAAACGUUUCUGUUCCGUUUCAGAACUGCCAACAUUUGAAUGGUAAUCAAAUCCUGGCGUUGGAGUCGCUGAUUGAUCAGAUUGCGAACACUGAGGAGCGUCUUGAGACCUUCCGCAUGUUCCUGAUCAUCUACCCGGAGAAAGGAGAGGCUCAGUAUUCGCUGAUGGGCAAGUGUAAAGUCAUUACGUUGGACGAUGACUACAGUCUGAAAGGAUUCUUACAGUACUGUUAUUCCACGAUCUCGCCCAGCUGGCUUCAUGAGCAGCUAGAUACGGUCGGUUUAGGCCAUUGGCGUGUUGUAAGCGUUGCUUGAUUUCAGCCGCAACGUCGUGAGAUGUUGUAUCGAUUGUCCUGUUUCCACUUUUGUAUCGUCGAGCGAUGCAAAUACGGAAUUUUUGGGUGGAUCACAGACUUUUCGGUGUCCACAGUCAACUUUGAGUCUGCUGCGAAUUUGUUCAAGGUAAUAUGACGUGGAUGGUGAGCUCAAUUUCAGGACCUCUGCGACCGAUGGGCGGAGAUUUCGUUCAACUCCCUCUUCUCCAACGUCCUGGAAAUCGCCUACUUGGCUGACAUGUCAGACAAGUACGAUCUGCUGGUCUUUCGCACAAUCGCUCAAUGGAUCUUCUCCGGCUUGAACAAGCAUGACAACGGAGUGGUGGACAACCUGCAUCUGAAGACCUAUAAUGUUGCGCCAGCUCUAAUCUUGGAGCAGAUAAAGAAAACGAAAUUUCCAAAAGAUACGGCGAUGAGUGGUUUGAAUGAAGCCGUGAUCCGAAGCUGCAAACGGCGACAAGUUUUGGCGAUAAAAAAGUCGGUCUUGGAGAUGUUGAAGGAAGACCAAGAGGAGAUUUUUGAAGUCGAUGAGGACUUCAACGAAGCCUCAAAUGAAUUUGUCUAUUCGGUUAGUGCGACACAAACUGAGGAAGUUACAGGCGUGGAGUAUUGCGUGAGGAAUGAGAUCAGAGCAAUCGAAGAGGCUGGGAUUCCUUCCAAAAGGCAAGCUUUGCUUUGAGUUUUUCGGAAACUUGAAAAUGAUGAAAUUUUCGCUUUUUCUACAUAUCAGUCUGUCGGGAAAAUAUUGAGCCCUCUGUAGCAUUAAAAUUCACAUCACCGCCAAGAAAAUGAAUUGUGUCGCGGCAAAAUCAAAUUGCUUUUCACUUUAGCGACGCAAUUUUCAAUGCGACCCUGCGCUCAUUAUUUUCCCGACAGACUGAUUUUAGUACUACUUUCAUGAAAUGCAUGGACAUUUUUUCUUUAUCGCACAGUGCAUUUUGAACUUACUCCGACUCUUGUCGUAACGCACAGUGCCAUAACCGACAAUCUUAGAGGUCACAAGAGCAAAUUGUAGGCCAAAAAAGCACCGCUUUAUAACGAACCCCUUCUAAAACAAAUUUGUUUUUUGGGUCCUUGUUGCUCAUGGGCUGACUGUAACAUUUUUUUAAUUAUUAGAGCUCUCUUACAGGCUUGCCUACCUCAAGACGCUCCUCGAACAGAGCGAUGGAAUUCAUCGUGUUGAAAUCAGGAAUUUCCAACGGCCACAAGCUAUUUUGGAACAGCUAAAACAAGACUACGCCAAACGGCAGAAAUUGCCGUUGGAUGAGGUGAGUAACUCUUGGCAAAACGCUAUCAAAUACUAGUUGCUGAAGCUCCAUUGACUUUCUUAUUUCCGUUCAAUAAACAACAAUAAUAAAAAAAUAAUGAUAUUUCCAGUUGAUCGUCUUCGGAACUCUCCGUCUUCCCGUCUCAACGGAUUUUGUCGAAUUCUCCGGCUGCUGUAUGCUUGGCGCCGGCUACGAUAAGGAUUACAACUGCCUUCAGGAGGCUCGGACUCCGAUUCAGUCCAUCGACACGGUCUAUGUGCUGGUGAAGCGCAAGAACCUGCCAGUCAAGCCGGAAUCGCUGAAUGUGCCGUUGUAUUACAAGCAGCUGAACGGAGGCUUUGUCCAUUUGUUGGACAUUGAAGUCGAGUCCAAUAUCCCGUCGAAUCAUUGGCUUCUUCGAGGAGCGAAAUUAUGUACGGCUAGCCCGAUCAAAUUGGAGGCAAUGGAAGAGGAAACUGCCGGUUCCAAUAGGUAG